AUGCUCAUCGUCGGCGACGACGACGACGGGCCUACUGACGAGGUGCCGGAAAGGCGGAGCCUCGAAGAAGCGCGCGCCUAUGUCACCAGACACGUGGCGGGCAUGGUGGUUGACAGGGAAGACAGCGAGGACGGGGUGUCGAGCAGAGUAGCGGACGGCCUUAUUAUACUAGCGUAG